AUGAGUGUUCGCGUAUCGAUUUUUAUUUUGAUACUCACUCUCACUAUCAGUUUUAUACUGUUAGCUCCACAAAAUUCCGUACGACAGGUGAUAUUUGUUUUUCGACAUGGAGAUCGUACUCCUACUGAAAGUUACCCAAAUGAUCCGUAUCGGGAUUAUAAAUGGCAAGGGGGCUGGGGAGCUUUAACCAAGGAAGGUAUGGUACGAAUGUACAAUAUUGGUCAGUGGAUUCGUAAUGAAUACGACUCAAUAAUUGGCAACAAGUAUGAGAGUGGUUUGUCUUUGACGCAAAGUACUUACGCGGAUCGGUGCAUAAUGUCUGCUCAAUGUUUACUAGCUGCUUUAUAUCCACCAAACACAGAGGAAAUAUUUGUGCCAGGAUUAAUGUGGUAUCCUGUUCCUGUUCAUUCCACUCCUAGACAUUUGGAUAAGACGAUCGUAGUUAAGGCUCCCUGUCCACGAUUAGAGAAAGCUUUGAGAGAAGCAUACGCAAAUGAAUCUAAACGUCCAGAAUCUCCAUCAGCCGAAUAUUUUCAAGAACUUUCCAAUUAUACCGCAAAAAAUAUCUCGACAAUCACCGAUGUUGAAUUUUUGUACAAUAUUUUGGAAAUCGAGGAACGUAAUGGCUUAAAAUUACCCGAAUGGACAAACAAAUACUACAAUCGGCAUAUGCGUGAAAUUGCAGCCCGUAGCUUAGCUAUAUUUACAAGCAAUACAUUACAACAACGACUUCGAGGAGGCCCAUUACUGAAAGAAAUUUUGGAGCGUUUACACGCUUUUAAUGAUGGUCAAGAUACAAGACGAACGUAUCUUUAUUCUGCUCAUGACAUAACUCUUGUUAAUUUAUUAAGAACCAUGGGAUUCACGAAUGAAUACUUUAAACCUGAUUACGGCUCGACGCUUAUUUUCGAACUGCAUGUUGCAUCCAAUUCUGCGGACACAGAACUGAAGUUAAUGUAUCUAAAUGAUACAGAAAAAAUGACAUUGUAUCAUAUGAAUAUACCAAAGUGUGGCACCCCUUGUCGACUAAAAACCUUAAUUAAAUUAUGGAAGGACGUGCUUCCUGAGAACUGGGAUGAUGAAUGUCUGCUCUUAUGA